UACUAUAGUUGCCCUAGAGCGUCGAGAUUCAAAAUGCUCUCUUUCAACGGGCACUCUUGUCAUGGUCUUUCGAGCUUGAGGGCGAGCGAGUGAGCGAGCGAGGGAAUCCAGGAGAGAGGUAGAGAGAGCGAGGGAGAGGGAGCAUGGGGAGAAGAAGGGGAAGAUACGAAGCCAAAGAAGUAGAUGAAGCGAGAGAGACGGAAAAACGAGUGGGCGAUCCUGAUUCCGACGAAGGAGCCGACGAGACUGAGCCGGCGAAGGGUUUCUUCGCUUGCUAUCUUCUCUGCUCUUUAAGCCCUCGCCACAAGGGCCGCACCUAUAUUGGGUUUACUGUGAAUCCUCGGCGAAGAAUUAAACAACAUAAUGGUGAGAAGAGUUGUGGUGCAUGGAGGACAAAGCGUGGUCGGCCAUGGGAGAUGGUUCUAUGCAUUUAUGGUUUUCCAUCUAAUGUUUCUGCUCUUCAGUUUGAAUGGGCAUGGCAGCACCCCAGAGAAUCUCUAGCUGUUAGAAAAGCUGCUUCAAGUUUUAAAUCCCUCUCAGGCUUGGCUAAUAAAAUUAAGCUUGCCUAUUCAAUGCUCAACCUCCCAUCCUGGGAGAACUUAAACCUCACAGUGAACUUCUUUUCAACAAAAUACACAAAACAUAUAGCUGGUUGUCCAAGGUUGCCAAAUCAAAUGAGGUUCAACAUUUGUUCCAUGGAUGAUCUCCCUUGCUAUGCUAAAGGGCAUGCUUUACAUCGCAGCAGUGAUGUCUUUGAUGAAGCUGAUGGAGAAGAAGAUAUCAAUGAAGACAUAAACAUGCCUGCAUCAGCAGAUGUUACAAUUGAAGGAAUGAAUAGAAAUAUCAAUCAGAUGGGAAAUACUGUAUCCUACAAUUGUGAACAAACUUUGCAGUCUACUGAAGAAUGCUAUGGAAACUUAUACUCUAAUUCCAGAAUACUACUGGAGUCGAGUGAGUUUACUGAACCUUCCCAGUCCCCUAGAAGAGUCAUUGAAUGCAGAAGAGGCGCUUCAACCAGCCUAAGUCCCAAUUCUUGCAGUGAAGAUAGUGGAAUGGAUCAGGCUAGACAGAAAUCAACUCCAAGAAGUUCUGAUAAUGAAGCAAUGACCAGUAGCUUGCUUCUCUCUCCCAAAGUCGACGUGAUAAACCUAUGCACACCAUCCAGCGGCGUUAUUCGAUCGAAGACGAAGCGAGCUUUGUUUGACUCGAUAAUAAUUGAUCUAACCGAUUCGCCGAUGGUUAUUCAGCUUUAAAGCUAGUAACUGGAUAUUUGCAGCACAUUACAACUUGUAUUGUGGUGCUGGAUGUUCUUUGGUCUUGAAUGUGAUUGCUAAAGUCUUGCUUGAUAAGGUCAAGAAGUUGGGUCAUGGAACAGUUUUCUUAUGUUAUUGAGAGGUAGAGGCUUCAUUAACUUCCUUCUGCAAUAAAGGGAUUGAUUAUUGGAAUAGUUUGUUAAAUAUUUUGCCAAUUUUUUAAAUAUGAGCUAUUUGCAAUGCUUUACUA